AUGGGCAGCCAGCAAGACGUCGAGUCUAGGAUCGAGGAGAAAGACGACCCGUCUGUCACACGAUGCGAACUCGUCGUCGAAGUGAAAGAUGAAAGGGACCGGGUCGCCAAAGGCGACGACUCUGACGGACAUGUCAACUGGACGUGGAAGCAGAUCGUUGCCACCAUCUCGCUGUGUGGCGUAUACGUAGGGUCGCAAAUUCCUCUCUACUUCGUCGGAGGCUCGCUCAGCUACAUCGCCGCCGACUUGGGCUCAGCCUCGACUGGCUGGCUCACCGUCGCCAACUCCCUGGCUCUCGCUGCCGUCUGUCCAUUCUGUGGCUACCUCCAAGACAUGUUCGGCAAACGGAAUAUCUCCAUCCUGGGCUGCGUCAUGAUCCUGGUUGGCCUCAUCGUCACCGCAACAGCAAAGACAUUUGGUCAAGGAGUUGCCGGCAUGGCCGUUGCGGGCGGCGGUGCUGCCAUUGGAGAGCUUACGGCGCUGGCUGGCACUGCGGAGCUGGUCCCCGUCAAGAAGCGUGGCAUCUAUCUUGCAUGCGUCACUUUUUUCAUCUGCCCUUUCUUCCCAUACGUCUUGUACGCCCAGUUGCUCUCUGCCAACUCGACCUGGCGAUGGGGUCUGUGGAUUACCUUCAUCUACAACGCCGUCUUCUUCGUCGGAGUCCUCCUUUUCUAUUUCCCAGAUUCGCACAUUCUUCGCAAGGGCACUCUGACCCGGAUGGAAAUCGCCAAGAGAGUCGACUAUGUCGGUGCCUUCCUCUCCAUAACCGGGGUGAUCCUAUUUCUCGUUGCGCUACAGUCAGGCGGCUCAAGUCACCCGUGGAAGAGUGCAUACGUCCUGUGCAUGCUGUUCAUUGGCGCGGCGCUCAUCUUCGGCUUCGUCAUGUGGGAGUGGAAAGGUGCCACAUAUCCCAUGGUCCCGAGGGAUCUCUUUGCCGGCCAGCGAGUCGUGGCCAUCGCGCUCGCAGUGGCCUUUGUGUCGGGCAUGAAUUUCUACUCGAUGAUCAACUUUGCUCCUCUGACAUACGGCACGGUCUAUGACCCUGAUCCGAUUAAAGUUGGCGUCAAGGGUCUCGGCUACUCGAUCGCCAUCACCGUCGGUGCGUCAGUGAUGAACGCCCUGCUCACCAUCCUGAAAGGGAACAAUCGUGAGCUCCUUCUGACCUCCUGCGUCCUCAUGACUGCUUUCACUGGCAGCAUGGCUGUGGUGACUCCAAACAACGCCGGACUUGCCGUGGGUCUGGCCACAGUUGCAGGGUUCGGAAUCGGCGGCGUCAUUGUCCCCUCGGCGACGAUUGCCAUGACCGCGUGCCCCGACUCGCUGAUCGCCACGGCGACGGCACUGACGCUCACCAUCCGCUUCGUCGGCGGCUCCAUCGGCUAUUCCAUCUACUACAAUGUCUUCAGCGAGAAGCUGGCCAAGAAGCUCCCCGAGCGGGUCCUGGCCUUUGCCCUCGACGCCGGUCUCCCCGAGUCCUCGGCCGCGACGUUCGUCCAGACGUUUCUCACCGUCCCGGCAAACGCCACCGCCGUCGCGGGCGUCACGCCGGCGAUUGUCCAGGCCGCGACCAUCGGCAGCCGCUGGGCGUACUCGGACGCCUUGUCCUACGUGUGGUAUGUCAGCAUCCCGUUCGGAGUGCUGUCCAUCAUCGGGUGUCUCUUGAUCGGCGAUAUCUCAAAGUUCAUGACGAACCGAAUCGCGGUGCAGAUCAGGCACUAG